GAAGCGCUGCGCCGCUCCCCCUGUGCCACCGCCCGUGAGCAGGGCCCGGGCACGGCUGUGCUGCCCGAGGAUGUCGUCUGCAAAGUGCACCUGAAGAGCUUUGUGGAGCAGCAGGGCUUGGUGGGCUACGACCCCAACCUAGAUGUGCUUCUCGUGACAGAGGGGAUGCUGCAGUCCCUGGCUGAGCUGCAACAAGCUGUUGUGCAGUGCCUGGCUGAAGGCCAAGGCAGCUGCUGCAGCAUUGUGCACGUGGUGAGCUGUGAGGAGGAAUUUCAGCAGCAGCAGAUGGAUCUGCUCUGGAGGAUUUUGGAUCCGGGAGCCCACACAGCUUUGCAGAAACACCUUGUCUGUGGGCCAGUGAAGGUGACCAACCCCUCAUCACCCAUUGGGGCAGACCAGUACUUCCAGCUCCGAAAGCGCCAGAUGUACGAAGCCUCCGUGAUGAAGUAUGGGGAGCUUGCGGAAGAUGAGGCCUGGACAGAGGUGAUUGAUACCUUGACAGUGGCUGCCAUCAGGUUUGAGAUGCUGAGUACUGCUCACCGGAGUCAGAUCACUCUGGACCUGGAAGACAGCAGCAUCUCCACAAAGGGAACCAAGAGUGGAGCCUUUGUGAUGUACAACUGUGCCCGACUGGCCACGCUCUUCGACACGUUCCAGCGGGCUGUGGAGCGGGGCACAUACCCACCUCUGCCACCAGUGUCCAAACUGAACUUCUCCUGCCUCCGGGAAGAGGGUGAAUGGCUCCUACUCUUCAACUAUCUCCUGCCCUUCCCUGAAGUCCUGCAGCAUGCAGCACAGCUGCCCACACCUUCCAAGGGGAUCCGGAUCACAGCCAACACAGAGACAGUGUGCAAGUUCUUGAUCCAGCUCAGCAUGGACUUCAGCUCCUACUACAACCGGGUGCAUGUCCUGGGGGAGCCCUUCCCUCACCUCUUUGACCAGAUGUUUGCCCGCCUCCGGCUGCUGGGAGCAGUGAGGGAAGUGUUCCACAGUGCCCUGGCAACCCUGAACCUCCCUCCUCUCAGCCAGAUCUGAGCCACCCCUGAAGAGCUGUGCUAUGGUGUGACAGACACCUGGACAACAUGCUGUGAGGGGGAGGACAGGUUUCUCCCCAGCAGGGCCAGGGGCUGCC